AGCCAUGUCAACACUGAACCAUCUUUUGGAUCUUCCAGAACAGAUAUGUUAUGUAGAAUGUGGAUUCUGUACCACAAUAUUAAUGGUAAGCGUCCCAUGCAGCAGUUUAUCAAUGGUGGUGACAGUCAGAUGCGGCCACUGCACAAGCCUUCUCUCUGUUAAUAUGAACAAAGCUUCAUUUCUCCCUUUUCACCUUCUUGCUUCUCUUUCUCAUCUUGAGCCAAACGAAGUUAGUUCAGAAGAUGGUGCAGACAAGACUUUGAAGAGCUAUAGUGCAUCCAUAGUAACCAGUUCUGAUUGUGAGGAAGAGAACAUGACUCAAAUUUCCAGUGUUGUGAAUAAACCCCCAGAGAAGAGACAGAGGACACCAUCUGCUUAUAACCGCUUCAUCAAAGAAGAGAUUAAAAGGCUAAAAGCUGAAAACCCUAAAAUGGCCCACAGAGAAGCUUUCAGCACUGCUGCAAAAAAUUGGGCCAAUUUCCCCCCUUCUCACUGCAAAGGAGAAGCAACCAGCUGUAAAAUUGUGGAUCUGGAUUGCCAUGUAGAGUCUCCCGAUGCUUCCCAGGUACACAAAGAAGGCCAAGGUUUCCGUGGAAGAAAGGUUCCAAGGAAUUCUGUCUGAUCAAGGACACCUUUCAAGUGAAGGCUCAGCACACAUCACAACAAUCUGUUUUCUGUCUUAACUCUGAAGUUUCCACUGCAUCGUUUGCCUUCUCAAAAAAGACAGCUCUUGCCAAUGAAAACGAGUUGAGUAAUCUACAUAGCUAACAAUUUGAAACCUGAAACUUCAAUUAUUUUUCUUUUCACUCUAAAUUUCAAACUCACUUUACACCUUUGCCUAUCUCUCUUUCUUUCCCAUUGCGUAUCUUAUUGUGACUUUACAUUUAACUCAUUUACAUGGGUGUAAAUGAUGGAGUAUAGUUCCCAAAAGAGUGUGAAUAUAAAACAUUCA